ACAUACUGCACGUGGUCUACCAAGUUGCCAUUGAUUGCCAUGUGUUUAUAAGGAAAGUUAACCUAUGUCAACAUUUGAGUUUAUACUUUAUGCAUGAUGAAUACACCAACAUUGACGAAACAACAGCAGAAACACAGCUUGUCCGCGAAGAAAGCCCCUGCCAAAGGAUUACGAAAUGUCCUAGCACAACCCCAAGACAGUUUCUGGCCAGUUAUAAAAGGGGAUGAAUCUUCACAACUGGAAGGUUUGUUGAAGAAAUUAAUGCCAGCCAUAAGACGUCCAUCUCAUGUGAUUCCAUGGUCUCAAUUGAGACAGUUGAAAAAAGAAGAACGUAUUAAAGCUAAAAAAGAAGCAGUUCAAAAAGAAGGAAAUAUUCCUAAUACACAGACAAUAAAUUCAAUUGUGUUGGGUCUAAAUGCAAUUACAAGAGCUCUGGAAAAGAAUAGUGUUUGUUGUGUUUUAAUCGAUGCCAGUAUUGAACCACACCUGCUGAUCAAACACAUUAUUAUUAUGGCACAAAAUAAAAAAAUACCAAUAUUGCUCUUAUUUAAUUUUAAAGUUGUUACACUGAAUAGCAUUGGAUUUGCCUCUGCUGCUUGUGCUCUUAAGAAUGUUGUAAUGAAGUCAUCAGAACAUCAUUUCCAUCCACUUUAUACAAAAGUAUGUGAUAUAUUUAAAGAUAUACCAUUACCAAAAAACUCACUUAAAUUAUUUAAAGACGUUGAAACAGUAGAGGAGAUUGCAUUGUGUGAAAAAGACAAAAUGAAUUUUGCAAGAGAACCAGAGAUUAAAUCUUCAGAAUCAAUUAAGUUUACAUUAUCCACAAAUGUAUAUAAGUAUAGAUCUACACGUAAUGAAAGAGCAUUUGUUCCACCAAGUGCAACAGCGAGUUCCAUUAAUGGGUCCACCACAGAAAAAAUAGAGCCAUGUGACUUUAUUUCUUUAAGUAAUAGUGACACUGAUGAAUAUGUUGUGAAUAUUAAGAAAAAUGCAAGGUAUAUCAAUAUUCGCAAAGACUCAGAUGCUUGGAAACAAAAAAAUUUCGAACACAAUAACCAAUCUUCAAAUAUUACUUAUCUGCCAUUAAGAGUAAAACGUUUGCAAGGUAACAGUAAUCGCUUGAAAGCUACAAAAGUAUCAAAACAAAAGAAAAAGUAG